GAUCCAAUAAGUUGUGUAUUUCUUUCUAUGUUCUGGACUCGAGUUACUGGACGCAGCGCGUUUCUCUGCGCCAGCACAAAUCCAGCAAGAUACUCUCUAUUUACUCCCAGUCUACCUGGGCGGAUAUUCUGGCACUCGACUCUAAACGUCAAAGGCACACGACCAAUAUCCAGUGCUUCUUUGGAAAACUCCAAAGUUGAACACUCCCAGUUUCUCGCAAACGCCUCUACUCAUUCAAAGUGGAAAGACGCAGUACCUGGCAACGGUACGACGGAUACCGAGGACGAUGAACUCAGUGAUAUCGAAGAAGGAAUUGGAAAACUUCUUCCUACAACUUCACACCUUUUCAAGUUGAUCCUUCCCUUGGGACGCAAAGGGCCUAAUGACUUACCUAUACCGAUCGUAUUAUUAUUACAUCCUUCACAACCAUUAUCGCACACUGGUCGACUGAUCCUUGCCUCCUUACCUCGCAUCACCGAAAAUGGACCAUCCAUAUCAUUUAGAAGCACUCCCUCGACCUCAUCCCCGCAAAAUUCUCGUCAAUUCGAAUGGUCUGAUUCAACAGACAUUGGUGACUUUAUCCGAAAUGCUGCUCGUGCAGCCGAGUUCAGUAUUCAUAUUACGCCCGACGCGUCCGAUGGGGAACAAGAACAAGUUAUCACAGUGCGCGUUCCAACGUUCGCCGACCGUACGCGUUUUUUGCGUCGACAGCUAGACGCAAUAAAUUAUCAGUUGGCGACGAUGGAAGGCUUAAAACGCGAAUGUGAUCGGGAAGCUCGAAAAGGAGCAAGGCGGAUGGCUCUCGGUGGAUUUGGUAUGCUCGUUGUAUACUGGGCCGCUGUCGCAAGGCUCACAUUCUGGGAUUAUGGAUGGGAUAUAAUGGAACCAAUCACCUAUUUGUCAGGCCUUUCGACCGUGAUAUGCGGAUAUCUUUGGUUCCUCUACCAAGGUCGAGAAGUAUCUUACACCUCUGUGCUUGACCGUUCAGUCUCUUCUCGCCGCGAGGCCCUGUAUGAAAAGCGCGGGCUGGACAUCGAAAAGUGGAUGGAACUCGUUUCUGAGAAGAAGCAAUUGAUGAGGGAGAUUGGUCAGAUCAAGGAGGACUAUGAACAACCACGAGGGGAGAAGGAUAAAGACGAGAAGGCCUCGGAUAAAGCUGAGGCUGACGGGGAAGAAAAAAACAGCAAUCCUCUUCAUGAACCGGAAGAAGAAAAGGAAAGCGAACGAAAGGGUCAAUGAUUUUCGCCGCUACGAACUAUUAUCCAAAUACAUAGAAUAAGUACUACUAGUAUCAAUGCAUUCGCGCCGGUAGCAAUUUGUUCGUCAGUUCGUGUGAGCUGUUGUGAGUUGUGGAUAAACCUCUUCUCCAAAAAUGAACGAUACACUACAUGAUACUAUGUAGUACUGUAAUGGUCAUGCCAAAAAUCAGUUUGAACUCUUCGCAAUCAAAAUACUUUUUUCGUCAGUUUUGAUAAAAUGAUAAACG